GGAACCUCAUUCCAAUCUCCUCUCUCUUCUCCGGCGACGUCACUGUACAUCCUGCAAGAGAGAAGGAAAGCUGAAGUUCCUGUCCCAAACCAGAGAAAGCAACCACCACUAUGAAUGCCCCAGACCGAUAUGAGCGAUUUGUUGUUCCUGAAGGGACAAAAAAGGUGUCGUACGAAAGGGAUACAAAGAUCAUAAAUGCAGCAUCAUUUACGAUUGAGAGAGAGGAUCAUACUAUUGGCAACAUCCUUCGCAUGCAGCUGCACCGUGAUGAGAAUGUUUUAUUUGCUGGCUACAAGCUUCCUCACCCACUUCAGUACAAGAUCAUUGUCAGGAUUCACACAACGAGCCAGUCAUCACCAAUGCAGGCGUAUAACCAGGCUAUUAAUGAUCUUGACAAGGAACUUGACCAUUUGAAGAGUAAUUUUGAGGAUGAGGUAGCAAGGCAAGCAAUGCAAGUGGAUUACUAGAAUGGACUCGAGCAACUAUGUGGAGGCAUGUUUUAACAAUUUAUCGUGUAAUGGAUUGUUGCCCUGCUUAACCAUGUAACUAUUGUACUUCUGUUAGUUCUGUACUUCAUGACUGCCUCUUGUAUUUGGAUGGGAUAGUGAUGGAAUGAGAACUGGAGAAAUGGUACAUUCCGUUUCACCAGAGUUCUCUUUUUUUAAUGGA